GAGGUGGCAGGCUGGAGGAACGGCGACUUGUGGCCGGGCGGGCCGAGCUUUUGUCACGCCUUCGUUGAUGCGGAAGCCGAAGCAGGUGCAAGUUGGGAAAGCGACGACGGCGAACUGUCGAUUAGAGGUCAUCCCUAUACACAACAAUCCACAAUGCAGUCGUCGCAGAUCAGAGCCGCCCAGUUCGGCACCAAGUUCGAGGGCCACCACGGCAUGCAGCCCUGGGUCAGUCUUCCUGACUACAAGUCCUACCAGAGCAAAUACGGUNNCCCAAGUGAGCCUCGUGCCAAUCCAUCGCAUUAUCGCUUCGACAUACUGAUUCGCCCUCUCUUCAGCUACAAGAUUGGCAAGAACUUCCACGGAAUCGACCUCCACCGCGCCAGAUCUUUGUACGUCACGCCUCUCCUCUCACUCCUGCUACACCAGCUCCUCCCGUAUAUCCUCGACACUCCAUUUUGCACUCCCGAAUCGAACGCUAUUGGUUUCUUCUCGUACAGUCUAGCUAACGCAGCCCCUUGUAGCGGUCUCAUGGGUGCCGGUUUCGGUGCCGCUGCUGGUAUCUUCGCCCUCUUCUUCUUCGCCGAUAUCCCCCGUGUACGAAAGGACAUCAUGCAGAAGGUUCCCUUCAUCGGCUCCCACUUCGUCAAGGAGAUCGCNCCCGAGGACAACCCCUUCUAA